GUGACUGACAAGCUGUUACAUUCAGGAGGGGCAUUCUUUUCCACAGAGCAAGCUAUUCCCCACUUGCAACCACCAAAAUGGCCAUCAAAUACCUCAUCCUCCUGUCAAGACAGGGCAAAGUUCGCCUCGCAAAGUGGUUCACCACACUGUCGCCCAAGGACAAGGCAAAGAUUAUCAAGGAUGUCUCUCAGCUAGUCCUUGCACGUCGCACGCGCAUGUGCAACUUCCUCGAAUACAAGGAUUCAAAAGUUGUCUACCGCCGCUACGCUUCCCUCUUCUUCAUCGCCGGUUGCGCAUCCGACGACAACGAGCUCAUCACACUGGAGAUUGUCCACCGCUAUGUCGAGCAGAUGGACAAAUAUUACGGCAAUGUCUGCGAGCUCGAUAUCAUCUUCAACUUCCAAAAGGCAUACUUCAUCUUGGAUGAGCUACUGCUAGCCGGCGAGAUGCAAGAGAGCAGUAAGAAGAAUGUACUCAGGUGUAUUGGACAACAAGACAGUCUAGAGGACAUGGAGGUUGAAGACGAAGCCGUCACGCGCAUCAUGUAGAGGCAGCCUUUCAACAACACUGUCAUGCUCAUGGCCGCCUUUUCAUCCUUCACAGCACUUCCAGCAUUUAUGGCGUUACAUCGGAACAGGAGUUACUGGUGGUUUUGUGAUUUGCAUUCGGACAACGAUACCACAACUUGUGCAUUACUAGCAAUUCAAAUGAGUGUCCCUCGCCUUAGGCAGGGCUUCCGGGUCUUAGACCUGCUGCUCAAUUAUAAUGACCAUCCAACGAUUGCCUUUUUGGUUCAGGCUCUUGGUGUGACUCUGCUGCUCUUGCUCUUGCUACUGUUCCUGUCCUCUUCUUGUUCUAU